AUGGAUGGCCUGUUCGGCACCGUCGACGAGAAGCUUGUUCACGGUGUGAACUGGGCGCCGGAUUCAUGCGACGAAGAAGAAGAGGAUCAACAGGAAUCGCCCGUGCCAGAGAAGCUUGUUCGUGGUGUGAACUGGGCGCCGGAUUCAUGCGUCGAAGAAGAAGAGGAUCAGCAGGAGAUUGCCCCUGCCGAAGAAGAUGAUGCUGACGUCUUUCAUGCUCUAAUGCAACUUGCAUCAACUGAGUUUGAAUUCAGGCUAAUAGAUCAUUGCAACUCCUUACUGAACCUGAUCUGA